AUCAGAAAGGUGUGUCAAUGAACACUUUUCAUUGUCCAUACGAGAUAACAAAUGAUAUAAAAGAGCCAUGAUGUCUGAGGUGCUGAGUACAGAGGAACGAUUUCUCAUUGCUGAAUUACUGCAUCUUAUCGGGAAUUAUUUGUCUUUCAGAAUCAUCAUGGUGAAGUACACAGUGAAAGUGUUUACUGGAGAAAUGCUGCAUGCCGGCACAUUGAACAGUGUUUACGUCAAACUGGUCGGCACAAAGGGAGAAAGUAAACGUGUGCUCAUCCCUAAAACCGCCUACCAAGGAUCGAUGAUUGAGCACAAUGUGUCCUGUCCCUCCUCCCUGGGCCCUCUGGAGUUUGUAGUGCUGGACACAGAGUCGUAUGCCCUGCUCGCCUACAUCAACGAUAACUGGUUCUGCUCUAAAGUAGUGGUGACCACACCAGAGGGACACACAGCCAGCUUCCCCUGUUACCGCUGGAUCUCAGGCUAUGAGCGUCUGGUGUUCAGAGAGGCCACUGGUAAGCUGAUAUUCAAUGAGACCUGCCCAGAGGCCAUAGAGGAGAGAAAGAAGGAGCUGCAGAGUCGCCAUGAGGUGUACCGCUGGAGUAUAUAUGCCGAGGGUCUACCCCAAAUAAUGAAAGCUGACAGCGCUUCUGAUCUCCCUGCUGAGGUCCGCUUCUCUUUCACCAAGGACUUGGAGUUCAAGUUCACAUUAGCCGAAGCAUUGUUGGGGUUGAAUCUAUUAACACUGUCCACAAACAAGGAACAAUGGAAGAGCCUAGAUGAACUCAGUCAUGUCUUCAAUCGCCACAAGACUGAUGUUUAUGACUAUGUCGAAAAGAACUGGAAGGAGGAUGAGUUUUUUGGGUACCAGCUUCUGAACGGCCUCAACCCCAUGAUGAUCCAUCGCUGCUCCAAGCUUCCAGAGAACUUCCCCGUCACAGAAGACAUGGUGAAGGCUUCCCUUUUCGGAAAAAGCCUUGUUGCGGAAAUUCGGAAAGGCAACAUCUUCCUGGUUGACUACAAGCGUCUACAUGGAGUGACAGCAAACGUGAUCAACGGGAAACAGCACUUCUUGGCUGCUCCUCUCUGCUUGCUCUAUGUGACCCCAGAAGAUAAGCUCAUUCCCAUCGCAAUCCAGCUGAAGCAGGAUCCUGGAGAAGACAACCCCAUCUUCCUUCCUACUGACUCUGAGUAUGACUGGCUCCUGGCCAAGAUCUUUGUGAGGAACGCUGACUUCGCUGAACAUGAGCUGAACUUUCACCUGCUGAGGACUCACCUGCUGGCUGAGGUGUUUGCCUUGUCGACACUGCGUAACCUACCAAUGGUGCAUCCCAUCUACAAGCUCCUGAUCUCUCACUCCCGCUACACUCUGCAAAUCAACACUCUAGCUAGACAGUCCCUCAUAUCCGAUAAUGGGAUAAUCACAGAGAAUGCCAGUAUAGGAGGUACAGGGAUGAUGGAGUUCCUGAAGAAUGCGAUGGCCUCAUUGACCUACAGCUCCCUCUGUAUGCCGGAGGACAUCACAGCACGUGGUCUGGAGUCAAUCCCCAACUUCUUCUACAGGGAUGAUGGACUCAGGCUAUGGGACAUCGUCCACAGGUUUGUUCAGAAAAUGAUUGGUCACUACUACACCUGUGACUCAGACGUCCAGAAGGACUCUGAACUGCAGAACUGGAUCAAGGAGAUCUUCUUCCAUGGGUUCCUGGCAGAAACCAGCACAGGUUACACUUUUCUCAUUUAAAGACACAAUCUGCAUCACAAAUGGCAACAGCUCUCUGGUCAAAAGUAGUACACUAUAUAGGGAAAAGGGUGCAAUUUGACAGACUACACUUAAAUUAUUUCUGAUAAUAAACGUGUCCAUUCCCUUAUGCUUCUCAUUCCCAAACUAUAUUCUGGAUCAUUUGUUCAUUCGGUGU